UCUCUAUUUAUCCAUCAUAGACAUAUAAUACGCCAAACCGAGUUCACAUGAAAGUUGAUCUUAAAUCGAUCGGCGGGUCGGUAGUGCGAAUCGGAAGUGCUAUUAGUAGCCUUGGGGAUAAAACAUCUGAUCUUCGGGCUGGCGGUAGUGCGCGCAUAUAUGUGUGUGCGAUGUACUUAAUUCGCUUUAAUUAACGAAGAGCGAUCGAUCACUUUUUCAUGUAUCGUCAUCGGCCGCAGAAGACGAGUCCUGAGGAUCUGCCUUGGUCGGGGUCUGAUAAGAUCGGCGCGUGACAACGUUAAUUAUAAAUAUAAUAAGGCUCGUAAAAUCGGUCACGCUUGUUAUGCGCUGGUCGCGAUAUAUCGUCGGUCCGGUUCCGAAUUGUCGUAACCUUGAUACACCGUAUUAUCAUUUGCGCGAUCGCAAAUCGGCGUCGAGAUCUCUCUCUCUCGGAGGAGGAGGUGUCCGAAUCUCGUCGAAGGAAGAACAGCUAGUGCGCUAACCUAGAAGAAGAUGCGGGCAUCUUCCGCGAACGCGCUUCCGCUCCUGGGGAUCCUUCAUAUGUUUUACUGGCUGCUCGAUCUGGUUGCGGCUACCGGAGGGGCCCUCGAUUCCACCCCGACCUUUCAGACCGCGAGUGCCACCGGCACUCCACAUUCCAAGAUAAUCGCCUUCUCCGCGAGCCUCACCGAUGGUCUGGCCCAGGCGGUGGCCCACGAGUCGUCCACUAUGGAUACCUGCAACGACGACUUGGCUUGCAUCACUAUGGCUUCUCAUGAUCGACUGGGCUUAGAAGCUAUUAAGUCUCUUCACAGUCAACUGGAUGACGAUGCCAAUGGAAAUGUUGAUCUAUCAGAAUCGGACGAUUUUUUAAGAGAAGAAUUGCAGUACGAAGCUGGUUAUGAACGAAGACAGAGAGCUUUUCAUCAUAAUGAUGAUAUGCAUAUCAGUGUACGAGAGCUCUGGGAAGCUUGGUUACGAUCUGAAGUUCAUAACUGGACAAUAGAACAAACAUCGGAAUGGUUAACUUCCAAUGUUGAGCUUCCUCAAUAUGUUCCUAGUUUCAUACAGCAUCGUGUGACUGGUGCUACGCUUCCUCGAUUAGCUGUGAACAAUAUGCAUUAUCUUAAUAAUGUUCUGGGCAUUAAAGAUCCUAUUCACAAACAAAAAAUUGCCUUAAAAGCGAUGGAUGUUGUUUUGUUUGGUCCUCCUAAAGAUACAGGACAUAGUGUCAAAGACUUAGUAUUAGUUACAUUGUUAUUUGGAGCACUUAUUGGAUGCUGGUACGCAUAUCAACAAAAGAAAAAUUCCCAAAAGCAUCUUCAUAGAAUGAUGAAAGACAUGGAAAGCUUACACAAGGCAGAACUUGCCUUGGAAAAUUUACAGAAAGAGCUAGAGAGAGCAAGAAUGGAACAGGAAAGUGCGGCGACUGAAAAACAAAAUUUGGAAAAACGUUUGCAAGAUGAAAGUUUGGGAUUACAUACUUCAUAUUCGGAUCUUGAAGUAUCGCAACUAAAGGCGGAAAUCGAAAUGCUGAAGCUGGAAUUACAACGAGCAGAGGGUGAACUUGAAGAUAGAUGUUGGUCGCCACCAGCUGGACUGCAGCAUUGGCUACAAUUAACUCAUGAAAUUGAGAACAAAGCGUAUACUAAUAAGAAGAUAGCAGCUGAAAAACAGCUUCAACAAGCACGAGAAGCGUGUGAGAAAUUACGAAAGAAACGUUCCAGUUUGGUGGGUGCCUUUGUUUCGACUCAUGGAAAAUCCAUCGACGAAGUUGAUAAGAGUAUAGUUGAGGCAAGAACUGCCCUGAAUGAAGUAACGAAUGAAUUGAAAGAGAGAGUACACCGUUGGAAACAAAUUGAAUUGCUUUGUGGUUUUAAUAUAAUUAAUAAUAAUGGAUUAAGUUAUUUAGAGACCGUUUUGUACAGAGGGACACCUAAUGGUAGAGGUCUUGGAUUAAGAGGACGACUUAGUAGUCAGGAUGAUUUAGAUGAUGAGGCAAGUUCACUGUACACACCGUCAUCGGUCAGCGCAGUCGCAGGUAUUUUGGAGAACUCUGCGUGGAAGGAGUCAUCGGUACCACCCGCUGGUCGAUUUGGCAGCGAGCUCUCGGACUCGUCGAGCAGCGAAACCGAGAAGGAACCUUCAGCCGGGGUAGUCCACUUCGUGGUGGGUGACGGACCCGAAGAGCCAGCCGUAGGGAAGGUCGUUGGCGCCUCCUCGCCCAAAGAGAAAUCCAGUAUCACGCGGUCCUACAGCCAGGAUACGAACGUGCUGAACGAGGAGAGGGCUUCCUCGAUCCUUCCGCCAAAGACGUCGUACUCGGAAAAUUCCCUGGACGUCUCGGACAGGUCCUACCGUCCUACGUCGAUGAGCGUGAAGAAGCCCCUUCGCGAGUUACCUACGGUGAUGUCGGUCGACGACGAGACGCUCUCGACCGACUCUAAUUCAACAGCCGACAACGACGAGCUUAAACGGAGACGCAGGAAGCUACACUUUCCGGCCUUCAGGAAGAACAAGGCUAAAGUUACGUGAUGUCCGCUAGUCACAUAAUAUAUAUAUAUAUAUAUAUAUAUAUAUAUAUAUAUAUAUCGAGUUUGUUACUUAAUUGCUACAGUUAGUUAUAUAAUCCUAAGACGCGUGCACUUAAGAAUUAUUUUAUCAGUAAUUAUUAAUUAAUUAAUUAUUAGCAACUAUUCGCGUGACAACACAUACACUCUUCUCUCUUUCUUUCGCUCUCUCUUUCUCUCUCUCUCUCUCUCUCUCUCUAUAUAUAUAUAUAUAUCUUUCCUUGUUCCUUCGGUAGACCUAAGUCAAGAAUAUAGACAAAUAUAAAACCACGGUUCUCGGUGGGCAAAGAAUAUAGACGAUCUAUAUUCUUUGCUAUUAUGUUACAGCUGUUAGCAGUGGAGUAUCAUUUGUAUUAUCUUUGAUAUUGACAGUACUAUUAUUCUCUGGAAUGCAAAUGGCUGGGGUACUUACUAUAUACGCAAGUACCCCAGCAUGUGUGAUCCCGGGGUACCGAGAACCGUGCUUCUAUACUCGUUUAUAUUCUUUGCCCAAGUAGCAAACUGACGUCAUUAAACGUCAAAAUGAUAUCAUUUUAACGUUCUCAUUAUUAAAUUGAAUUUAAUAAUCAAGUUAGAUUUUCUAAGAUUGGAAUAGUACUUGUAAGAUAUUUCUUAUUAUAAUAUUUAUAUAUUAUAUAAUAUUUUAUACUUUAUGUAUUGUACUUGCGAAUCUAGAACAAUUAUAUUCGAAUUUUAAUAUUUGGAUACCUGUAAAGUUCGAACUAGUACUUAUAAGUACUUUCUAUUGUAAAAAUUUAAGAACUUUUACAAGUAGUACUUGAACUCCAAGAUUUAAAAAUCUAUUUUGAUACUUGAAUUCGAAUGUUAGUAUUUGAGUUUACAUGCAAGUUUGAAAUGGUACUUAUAAGUAUUUUUUAUCGUAAAUAAUUGAAGUACUACUUGUACAAGUAGUACUCGAACUCCAAGAUAAAAAAUAUGUACUUGAAUUCGAAUUUUAGUACCUGUAUUUGGGUAUUGUAAAGUACAUUUAUAAUAAUGACAUCAAAAUGUAAAGUGCAUUUAUAAUGAUAACGUCAAAAUGAUGUCAUUUUGAUGUCUAAUGAUGUCAUUUGACGUCAAAAUGACGUAUGCUUGUUAUCUGGGGAUUCGCGAAAACGUAAUAAUUAUUUAGGAUGUUUGUUGUUGCUGGUGUUCCUUCUACUUUGCCAAAUUUUCACGUGCGUUAAAUGAUGAAACAAAGAAAAUAAUAAGAGUCAGCGAGAAUCACACAUCCUUAGAUAUAAAUAAAAACUUUUUAGAGAAUUGUCACAAUA